GCCAUCUUCCUGCUUGGUUGCUGCUGUUAUCAAAUUCAAGGCAAAUUAAUUGCCUCAACAAGAUUUCGCUGCAAUGUCGACCGAGCGCCGUAUCAAGACGCUAAAGAUGCGGCUGAAGAGUAUAGUGACGUCGCUGAACCUCAUUAAGACCUUCGUAGACGAUUACGAUGAGGAGACGCAGGCUGACGAAGUCCCUGUCCGUCUUGAGAGCCUGAUCAAGUUGUGGUCAGACUAUAAUACUUUCCAAAGCGAGCUGGAGACGCUCGAUGAAGCUGCCAUCGAGGCCCAUCUGAAGGAGCGGGCGUCGCUUGAGUCCGCUUAUUAUCACGUCAAGGGCUUUCUGUUGGCCCGAAAUAAAACGCCAAUUACACCAACUCGCCCGUUUCCUAAUCAUUCAGAAACGCAAUUCCUUCCGUCGGCAUCGCAGGUGCGUUUGCCCGACGUUAAACUCCCUGUCUUCGAUGGCAAAUUGGAAAACUGGCUUAACUUCCACGAUUUGUAUGUGUCGCUGGUCCACUCAGCUGUUGGUCUCUCGAAUAUCCAGAAGUUUUAUUACCUCCGAUCAUCAUUAUCGAACACAGCUCUUCAACUCAUCCAAACGAUCCCAAUAUGUGCGAACAAUUACCCGGUGGCAUGGAACCUUCUGCUGGAACACUUCCAAAACCCUGCUCGGCUGAAGCAGGCGUACGUAGACACUCUCUUCGAUUUCGCUUCUAUCAAAAGAGAAACGGCAACGGAACUCCACAGUCUGGUGGAGAAAUUCGAGGCAAACGUCAAAGUUUUGCAGCAAUUAGGUGAACGCACGGAGUAUUGGGAUAUUUUGCUCAUCCGUAUGCUCAGCACUCAACUGGAUCCGACGACAAGGCGAGAUUGGGAGGAGUACUCUUCGACCAAACCAGCGAUCACUUUCAAAGACCUGACAUCUUUCAUCCAGCGACGAGUUACGGUGCUGCAAUCCAUCCAGGCCAAGCCCAUCGAAGCUCAAUCGUCGACCGUUCAGAAGAAGCCAGUUCAGCGAUCCGUCUCGAGCCACGGAGCCAACCAGGUCAAUCUUCGGAAGUGUGUCGUCUGCUCAGACCAUCACCCUUUGUACAUGUGUGGAAUUUUUUCGCAGCUUUCAAUAGAAGAAAAGGAGAAAGAGAUACGCCGUCAUCAACUCUGCCGAAAUUGUCUUCGAAAGGGUCACCUAUCAAGGGAUUGUUCGUCAUCUACCAACUGCCGAAAGUGUCGUGGACGUCAUCACACGCAGCUAUGCUCGAACGAUUCCUCUUUUUCGUCGAACUCGAAGCCAGUCCAGCAUCCGAAACCUGCUACACCUACUCCAGCUACCAUUCCUCCGACCAUGUCCUCAUCUGUUACGGUCGUCGAAUCCAUCAGUUACGCUUCCGCUGGCCAUAAGAAGAAGACAGUUCUCCUUGCCACUGCUAUGAUCAUCUUAAUCGAUGACAACGGGGUCGAGUACGUUGCCCGCGCACUUCUGGACUCAGGAAGUGAAUGCUGCUUCAUCACGGAAAGGUUUUCGCAGCGCAUCAAGGCUCAGAGGAAGAAAAUCUAUCUUCCAAUCUCCGGAAUCGGUCAAGCGUCCACUCAAGCUAGGCUUAAGUUUUCAUCCACAAUCCGCUCUCGAGUUGGCACGUACUCCACCAGCGUCGAAUUUCUCGUUCUACCCAAGGUGACCAUCGAUCUACCAGCCACUUCCGUUGAUACUUCAACUUGGGACAUGCCACCCAGCAUUCAACUCGCAGAUCCGUCGUUUGACAGCACCAAUCCCAUCGAUGUCAUAAUUGGAGCUGAAAUUUUCUUUGACUUGUUCAAGGUUCCUGGACGCAUUCCUCUCGGCGACAAUCUUCCGGUAUUGGUCAAUUCCGUCUUUGGUUGGGUAGUAGCUGGGAAAUCUACAAUGAGUCCGUCUACCGCUCUCGUCGUUGCAAACGUCGCUACCGUCGCAGAUAUCCAUCAGCUCAUGGAAAAGUUCUGGACAAUCGAGGAAGACAGCACAUCGACAGCGUACUCCGUCGAAGAAGCUGCCUGCGAGGAACAUUUUUCUCGUACUGUAGCUCGUACUCCAGAAGGACGCUACGUAGUCCGCUUACCGUUCAAGGAAGAGGUCAUAAAUCAAGUUGGCGACAACCGUCGUACCGCUGUUCGUCGAUUCCACCUGCUUCAAGGUCGUCUAAUCCGCAACCCCGACCUUCACCAGCAGUACAAGGCUUUCAUCGACGAGUAUCUCGACCUCGGACACAUGAAGCGCAUUCAUGAUUACGAAGACCCAGAGGUACAGCACUAUUACCUCCCACAUCACGCUGUGAUACGAGAGGAAAGCACGACGACGAAGUUACGGGUCGUCUUUGAUGCCUCGUGUAAAACCCCGAACGGACCUUCGCUCAACGACGCUCUGAUGGUUGGACCAACGGUGCAAGAGGACAUCCGAUCGAUCACGAUGCGCUCCCGAAAGCAUCAAGUCAUGGUAGUUGCUGAUGCCAAGAUGAUGUACCGUCAAGUUCUCGUCGACCCUCGUGACUGCCGAGUCCAACUCAUCGUCUGGAAACCAUCACCGGACCAUCCGAUGGAGACAUAUCAACUGAAUACCGUAACGUACGGUACUGCCAGCGCUCCUUUCCUCGCCACUCGGGUACUGAUCCAACUUGCCGACGACGAAGGUCAAUGUUUUCCCCUUGCAGCCAAAGCUCUGAAGAAAGACGUCUACGUUGACGAUCUCUUUUCCGGCGGAAGAAACGCAGCAGAAGUAAUUGAACUCCGGAACCAGCUAGAUGCACUCCUAGCAAAAGGCGGAUUUCAACUUCGCAAGUGGGCUUCAAACGAUGAGGCAGUACUCAAGGGAAUUCCACCUGAAAAUCGCGCACUCAAGACUUCCGUAGACCUCGAUCGAGAUCAGGUCAUCAAAACUCUCGGGCUACAUUGGGAACCAGCCUCAGAUUGCCUGCGAUACAAAAUCGACCUACCAUCUGAUACAGCAGACCAACCUGUUACUAAACGAAUCGCUCUUUCGCUCAUCGCCCGUCUCUACGACCCGCUUGGCUUAGUGGGACCUGUCGUAACUGCUGCCAAGGUUUUCAUGCAGAACCUGUGGAAACUGAAAGACGACAGUGGAUCUUCGUGGAGUUGGGACAAGGAACUACCGAUGGAGUACCAGAUCCAUUGGACAAAUUACCAGUCUAAAUUGCCGCGACUCAACGAACUUCGCAUCGAACGCUGUAUUCUGCAACCCGAACCUGCAACGAUCCAGAUCCACAUCUUCGCUGAUGCCUCGCAGCUUGCCUAUGGAGCCUGUGCAUACGUCAGAUCCACUAAUGCAUCUGGAAUAGUUAAGGUUGCGCUCCUCACUGCAAAAUCAAGAGUAGCACCUCUAAAAAGGCAAUCGAUUCCUCGACUCGAGCUCAGUGGAGCACUACUGGCAGCGCAACUCUACGAAAAGGUUCAGUCAUCGCUCCGUCUCGACGCGAAAUGCUACUUCUGGCUCGAUAGCACCGUCGUACUCUGCUGGCUCAACGCAUCUCCUUCUACUUGGAACACGUUCGUUGCCAACCGAACAUCUAAGAUCCAGCUCACCACCCAGAAUAGCUCGUGGAAUCAUGUCGCUGGUCUAGAAAAUCCUGCGGACUGCAUUUCACGUGGGAUAACUGCAGACACUAUAAUUGAUUUUGACAUCUGGUGGCAGGGACCUGAAUGGCUUCGGCAACCUCAAGAUUGCUGGCCAGUAGCUGGAAGUACACAAGAUCAACCUUCUGAGGCGUUGGAAGAAGCACGUCGAAUCUCCCUAGCAGUAUCGUCGUCACCAAACGAACCGUCAUUCGUCGACCUGCUCGUCGAAAAAUUCUCCGAAUACCAUUACCUUUUGCGUGUGGUCGCAUACUGCCGUCGUUUUCUUCAAAGCUGUCGAAAACAAUCCAGUGGACUGCCAAAUUCUACUCUGCUGAAAGUAGAAGAGAUGUUAGAAGCGGAGAGAAUACUCAUCAGAUUGGUUCAACAACAAGCCUAUAGCGAAGAGUGGAAGCAGCUUCAACAGUCGGAACCAGUAUCGAUGAAAUCUCGCCUCAAGUGGUUCCACCCGUUCAUCUCGUCAGAGAAGGUAAUUCGCAUCGGUGGCAGAUUGGAAAAGGCAGAACAACCAUACGAUAGCAAGCAUCAAAUUCUCCUGCCAGCAUCGCACAAACUUUCGCUGCUUUUGGUUCGCAGCUAUCACGAACGGCAUCUCCACGCAGCUCCACAAUUGCUCCUCAAUCUACUUCGGCAACGGUACUGGAUCAUAGGGGCCAGGAACAUGGCCAAGCGUGUGGUUCACACCUGUGUUACUUGCUUCCGAGCACGCCCUCGAAUGCUGGAGCAAUUUAUGGCCGAGCUUCCUGCGUCAAGAACUACUGCAAGUCGACCCUUCACCAUUACAGGAGUAGACUAUUGGGGACCAAUUUCACUCAAGCCUAUACAUCGUCGUGCUGCACCCGGGAAAGCUUACGUUGCCGUGUUUAUUUGCUUCUCCACGAAAGCAGUACAUCUGGAACUUGUAGCAGAUCUCAGCACACCGAAAUUUUUACAAGCGCUUCGUCGGUUCGUGUCUCGCCGUGGCCUUUGCUCCGAUCUACACAGCGAUAAUGGUCGAAACUUCGUUGGAGCGAAUAAUGAACUUCGGGAUCUCGUUCGCAACAAGGAGCAUCGCAAUGCUAUCGCACAAGAAUGCAAUCUGCAAGGAAUUCGUUGGCACUUCAACCCUCCUAGAGCAUCCCACUUCGGCGGGCUAUGGGAGGCCGCAAUAAAGUCUGCUCAAAAGCAUUUCGUGCGGGUCCUCGGAAAGCACACUCUUGCCUACGACGAAAUGACUACGCUACUGUGCCAAAUCGAAUCCUGUCUGAACUCUCGACCGAUUGUUCCACUGAGCGAUGAUCCUAGCGACUUUGAGCCACUCACUCCGGGACACUUUUUAACGGGAUCCGCCCUCAAGGCUGUUCCAGACGUCAAUUACAUUGAUAUCCCAACGAAUCGACUUCGACAGUGGCACCUGGUCCAAAAACUUUUCCAGGAAUUGUGGAAAAGAUGGCACUUGGAGUACCUUUCCACACUGCAGCCACGUACAAAAUGGUGCAAUCCACCUAUUCAGCUGCAGCAAAACCAACUUGUUGUUCUUCGCGACGAAAACACUGCACCAAUGCACUGGCAGACCGCUACAAUCGACCAGGUUCAUCCCGGUUCAGAUGGAGUCAUCAGGGUAGUAACGGUCCAAACACCAACCGGCCGUUACGUUCGCCCGGUAUCAAAAAUUUGCCUUUUACCAGUGCAAUCAUCGUCCGACCAAAACCAACCACCACAGAUGUAA